UUCUUCUCAACUGAAUCGAAUUGCAGAGAUUCAUCGCUAGAGAGAGAAAGAGAGAAAGAUGAGGCUACUGACGCAUAACAUGCUAUCAUCAAACAUAAAAGGAGUAACAAACGGAUUUCCUCUCAAGAUCGAAGCGGUGAAAGUAAUCGAAAAGGAGGUAGACUUCAAUCCCGAUUUCCUUCGUAACAUGUUUUCAAAGCUCGAAUGGAAGCCACUCGUCGAUGCCGCUCGAACGAUGGGAUACGCCGAGUUACCUGAAGAAGUUGAAUCUUCGAUGCUUGAAUCCGAUGACUUCCUUCGUCGCCUUCAUCGCGCUCUUCUCGAACUUCAUCUUGAAGAAGGUGCCCUAAUUUGUCCUGAAACAGGUAGACGGUUCCCAGUUAUUAAAGGAAUUCCAAAUAUGCUUCUUAAUGAAGAUGAGGUUUGAUUUUAUUAUCGAUUUUAUGUUGAUGAAUUCAGGUUAUUUAUAUUAUUAUUAUUAUGUAAUGAAGGUUUUUUAGGGUUUAUGGUGAUAAUUGUGCAACUUUUGGAUUGUUUGUAUAAUUUUAUAUAAAAACUGCAACUUUUGAAUCUCAA